AUGCGUAUCAGCACCUUUCAUGUGUUGGCAUCAAGCCUUGCUUUCAACAGUGUAGCUGUGGCAAGUGUUUGCAAACCUCGAUCAUCAGAACCUAUCCCUUUGUCUCUAUCAACUUCGGAGGCAUUGAGUUCCACGUUGAUUUCAGCGUCAACAACGGUCGUGACCUACGGUGCAUCUACUACUAGUGGUGUAUUCAUUGGUACUACAACUUCCGAGGCAGUUGUCUCAACAGAUGCAACAUCUUCCACCGAAAUCAGUAUCGUCGAAUCGACAACCUCGACCGAACCCUCGACCGAAACAUUAUCCACAACGGCCAUAUUCUCAGAUUCCUCUAUCACAACAACCGACGUUACGACAUCUACAUCCAUGACUACAUCUUCGGCAACUACCUCACAAGCACCACCACCACUGUUCAGUGCCAUAGCUCUUUAUCACAACAACGAACCCAUGACAUCGGAUCGAGUAAAGGGCCAUUCAUUAUCAUUCCCCAAUGAUGAAAAACCAGAAUACAUUACCAGCUUCUUCGGUAUCGAUCCCAUCAGCGGCCACCUUCUUCUGGACAACACACUGCCUAUUUGUGCAUUUUAUGGAAUCGAAGAUACGAAUCCGAGCCUUGGAGUCUGCCCAACUUUUAUUUCUCAACAGGUAGUACUGAUUACCUGUCAGAUCCGCAACGAUAUUGAGCUGGUUUGUGCUGCGCCAAAGGUGUAUUGCAGCCAAUCUGGAGAAGAUGUCGAAUGUGAAAACCUUGGUUCUGAAUUCGAUUCUAUGGCUACGGUCUGCAAUCAGGACCCAUAUGUCUGUGGUGUUAUUAUGGGAGAUGACACGAUGCCUACCCGAACGCAGAUGUUCAUUUCUUAUCAUUAA